UUUCCUCUAGAAACUCACGUAAAUACAUGAAGCUGUAUCCGUGACAUGUGUAUUUUUAUCCAUAAAUGUGUGCAUGUGGAUUUACAUACAAACUUAUAAUACAUAAGUGCAAGCAAUUAAAUACAUCAAUGUUUUGCACAAACAUGAAAUUUAUUUAAAAAGUGAUAAACGAAUAAGGUUUUUUUCGUUUAUAAAUAUUUUAUAUCUGAGAGAUACAAAUGCACACAAAGACUUACGGAUAUACGUAGGUGUAUGCAUCAGUAUUUUUACAAAUAUUUUUAGAAAUAUAUAUAAGGAAAAUGUUUCGAGUAUAAAGUUUAAUUGCGAAGUAGACGAAUUGUGGAGUGUCGAAUUUGGGAAUAAUGGAACCGAAAAGAUGGCAUUUGCAUUUAUCAUGUUUUUUGCUGCUCCUUAGUUCAACGUUUUCUGAUGUCGGAAAAAUCACGUCUUCACAAAAUCACUUUGGAAAUACUUUACAAAGCCAAUUUAAUACCAAAAACAAUACUCGUGUUAUUGCACAGAAAGGAGGACUUGCCAUUUUACCCUGUGUGGUUAAAGUUAACUCCCCAGCUACGGUUUCUUGGAUACGUAGGAAGGAUUUUCAACUCCUGACCGUCGGGCUGUCCACCCAUAGUAGUGACAAACGUUUUUUGGUCGAGCAUACACGUCACAUGGGCCAUUGGUCUCUUAGAAUUAAAGCUGUUAGAGAGGAAGAUCGAGGGUUUUACGAAUGUCAAUUGUCAAUUUAUCCAACUCAGUCAAUAGUUAUAGAAUUAAAAAUUGUCGAAGCGGUAGCGGAAAUUUCAAGUGCUCCCGAACUUCACAUUGAUGAGACUUCCACUUUACGUCUAGAAUGCAAACUGAAGCGAGCAACGGAAAAUCCAGCAUUUGUUUUCUGGUAUCAUGAUAGUAAAAUGAUAAAUUACGAUUCACAAGGUGGAUUCGUUGUGACGUCGAUCGGGCAAAGUAACCCGCAAAGUGGGCAGAUUUAUAGGAGUUCCCCAGCGAACAAAUCGCGCGUAACCAUGCCAAUGGAGUCCAAUGGUGUUCUCAACAAUAUUCUUGGAAGUCCAGAUAACUUCAAAGCACCCAAUAUGCCAUCCUCAACUCCCUUUGUGCAACAACACCAGUCAGCUUAUCUUCUUAAUCCGUCAGUGAGUGUCCUCACUGUGAAACAAGUCAAUUUUCGACAUGCUGGUAAUUAUACUUGUGCUCCAUCAAAUGCCCGUCCGGCCAGCAUAACUGUUCAUGUGUUAAGAGGCGAGAAACCGGCGGCAAUGCAACACGCCAAUCGGAGUAUUUUGGAUUCUGAAAAUAACGGCAAUGGAACUUUUGGACUAAUCACUUUGGGUGGACUGAAUGGAACCACAAGCGUAGCGCUGACCGAAGGACUUUUGUACUUCUCUGUCAUGUUCCUGCUAAUAGGCGCGGUAGUAGUAGAUCGAUUCUCAAUAGCAGUAACUCACAAGGUAUUCGUAGCAUUUAUAAUAGUCCUAUUGCAUAGCUGAAACUUAUAGUUGAUGGCAUUUGGAAUGGAGCAACUUCAAUCAUUCGAAAAUAUAAAAUUGAUAUUUGUUUUAAAAUAGAAGAUGUAAAUAGAUCAUUGACAUACCAUAUUAAAAAUGCGUAAGCAUUCUAAGACACUUACGUACUCUAAGAUUAAAAUGUAAAUAGACUUCCAUUACAUGCAAUGUAUUGAAUUGAGAAAUAAGAGAAUUCAUGAACUUGUUACCACAUACUUAUAAAAUGCAUCCUUAUGUUAAGUCAUAAGAGAUAAAACACUGCAAAUUUUAAUGGUUAAAGUGGUACGAUAAAAUGUAUGCUUAGAUGUUCAUAUUUAUUGACUGGUACUGACAUUUUAAUGUUACAAACAAUGGAAUUAGCGUAAAAUAAUGAUAAAGCCAUACAGAUUUGUUACCUAUUAACUCGAAACAUUUGAUCGUCACCUUUAAACUGUUAUUCUGCUCAGUGUUCGAUAUUUAGUAUAUAGAUUAAUUUAUGUAAGCACCUUUAGAAGUAUGCUAAUUCAUAUACUGUAUGUACAACUGUAAAUAUAUAUUACUUUCGUGAGCGCUUACAAAGCUCCAUUUGAAUCCAAAUGGGCACAAGUGCCAGUUUCGUUUUGUUUACCUUAAAAUACGGAAUAAAAAAACUUUAAAAUUUAGUUGCAGACAUAAAACGUUUUAAAUAAACUGAUCAAUUUUAAGACACAAUGCCAAUCAUUUUAUUCGAC